AUGAAGCUCAGCCAACCGACCACGCUCGCCACCCUGGCACUGGCAGCUCUGCCCUCGACUAUUGCCGCGUCAGCCUUCACGGCUGUCAAGAUCUUCGACGACGACUCGUGCUCGGGCGCCCCGCUCCAGGUCGUCUUCAGUGCCUCCGCCGACUGCAGCAGCCUGACCAACGACACGGACUGCUCGCUCGAGGCCACAGACCUGGGGCUUUUUGCCUCGGGCAACUGCACCGACGACCCCGUCGCGUUCGCCGCCACGGCAUUCGGCGACGCGCCCUACAUUCUGGUGGAGCUGUACGCGCCCGACUCCAAUUGCGAGACGCUGGAGGGCGUCACCGCCUACCGCGUGGACAGUGAGUGCCACCCCACGGUGGACGCCGGCACCAGCUUCCAGGCGGACUGGGACAGCGACGCCGACGCCCCGACGUUCAAGCUGUUCGCGGACCAGACGUGCAGCUCUGAGCCCGUCUUCCAGCUCGAGCUGGCAGCAGACAGCAGCGAGUGCUACGCCGGCAGCUUCAAGAUCCAGGUGAACGCCGCAUCGGCGACGUCGUGA